AUGAGUCUGAGUGACGAGCACAUUGACGAUGUGCUUUGGGCCGCUCGUGCAGGUGACCUUGACGCUUUGAAAGAGACGGUAGCGGCUAUUGGCGGCACGGAUACCAACGCUACGAUCAAGGCGGUGCUGGCGUGUAAGAACGAGUCAGGCCAUACGCCACUUCAUUUCGCCGCUGCGAACAACCACCAAGAGAUUGUAUCGUACCUUCUUUCUGCGGCAGGUGUCGCCGAUGUCCUUGCUCAGAACGAAUCGGGGAACACGGCGCUGCACUGGGCCGCCUUCAAUGGUCAUGUGGACGUAGCGGCAGCGCUGGUGGACCGAACGGAGGCUUUGGAGAACGAGGAGGCAGACGUAGCGAAGAAGAUGCGCGCUGAAGAGGACCAGCGUGAGCAUGAACGCCACAUGGCGGCGAACAAGGACGUGAAAGAGGCCGAGUCCGAUCGUCAAGCAGAGCUCGCGCACCACGACGAGCUGCAGCGUGAGCGUGCACUAUGGGAUGUACGCAACAAGGCGGGGCGUGGUCCUAUGAGUGAGGCGCAAAUGGCCGAUCGCGAGGCUGUGGUACAGAUGCUUCUAGGCCGCCUUGCGCAGCACGACAAGUCGGAGCAGGCCUCCUCUGCUACACCUACGCCCGUACCCAAUGACGCAAGUGUCGAAGCGAAGACUGCGUCGAUGACCUUGAACGAUGCCUAA